CUAGGAGCAGGAUCGACGACCGACGAUGGCGGCAAAAUUUAGCAUGGCGGGCGGGUCGAGCCUCUUUGGUGCCGAAGAUCACUUGGAAGCCUCAGACCGCAUGGGACAAGCCAUGGAGCAACUGAAGGUCCGCGAGCAGCACGAAUCGCUGCAGCGGCAGCACCAACAGCUCGUCCAACAACAGCAACUUGUGGCGAAACUCGACGCCCAAGAGAACAAGCACAUCCGUGAGACCAUCCGGCCAGAGCACUACGAGCCAAACAGCCUGCAAAAUGCUCAGGAAACCACCACCGCGAGCGACGACGAAGACGAUUUCGACGAUGACUUGGACCAAGAUCCUGACUUCAUUCGAUUGCGAGAAAUUCGCCUUAAACAACUCCAGGAACAAUACAAGCUAAAGGCUGAAAACUUGGCGAAAGGCCAUGGUGACUACCGCGAGAUCGUCCAAGACGAGUUCCUCAAGGAAGUAACGUCAAGCGCACGCGUUCUCGUGCAUUUUUACCACCGCGACUUUGAACGCUGCAAGAUCAUCGACAUGCACCUCGGUCGCUUCGCCAAGCGCCACGUCGAAGUCAAAGUCCUUAAAAUCGACGCUGAGAAAGCGCCAUUCUUCAUCUCCAAGUUGGUCGUGCGAGUGCUGCCAACAAUCAUCUUUUUUGAAAACGGCAUCGCCAACGACGAUCGAAUCGUCGGAUUUGAAGGGCUCACCGACGACGUACCCCUGGGCCAUGAGGACGAGUUCCCGACUGUCAAUUUGGCGAGGCGACUGGCCAAGAUCGGCGCACUCAACUCGGCAGAUGACGACGAAGACGACGAAGACGACGGACGCAAGGACAAGAGGUCUAGCAUUCAACAGGGCCUGAACCGUGGCUACGAUGCCGACGACUAGCGAAUCCAGAACGAAUGAAACGUAACCCAAGUCGACCCCGCACCUGUCGUCGUUGUUGGUGACUCGACACACGUUCCUAUUUCCCUAUUGAUUUCGAGCGGUGAUGCAGAUCCCCUGCGGCAAGAUGGAUUUGAUUUUUCCAACUCGAACGUGAAUGGACUUCGCUCGGUCUCGCCCAGGGCGCC